UCUUCUUCAAUCUCCCAUCUGGGCUGGCUUCUGCUUCUUAAGCACCUUUCCAUUAACAGCAAUUAUCAUUGCCCUUCGACCACCUCUGGGGUAUUAGCUUGACCAUACUUGUUGCCUUUCUCUCUCUCUCCAUCUUCCUCUCCAGCUCUUCUUGAAUCGCCAGCUGGUGCUCUCUAUCAACAGAUAUUCUUCCGCUGCUUCCAACAUCUAGUCGAGCCUGCCGAAUCUAUAUCUGUUGGCUGCUCUUAAUCAGGCCUUGCCAUCAAAGCGUUGUUCGCUUCAUCGGUCAGCUCAGCUGGACUGCCUCUCUACUUGGCCAAUUAAACAUACUACCCAAUACCAGCAACAACACCAACAACAUGUCAAGUGGUCAAAUUGCAGCGCCUUAUCCCAUUAAGCCCUCUCAGCGGGCCAAUAUUCGGCUGGCAACAUCCGAAGAUAUUUACUCCUCGCUCAGUUCUUCUCUCAGCCCACUAAAAGGCCAUCAACGUCCUAUCAUCCCUUUCGAUCAUGCACCAGUGACCAAGGACGACAGCAAUUCCCCAGGCGCCGCCCAUCGCGUCUUUGAGGAUGACUAUACCGUUCCAGCUCCUCCGCCACCGAGCCCUGUUAGCUUCAGGGUCGAUCGCUGGCCCACGCCAGCUUGUCGCUAAAGGAGCCGAGUCCUGUUACACCAUGCUCAGCCUUGUUCAUCAGAUUCAAAAAGGCCCGACGCAUAGUUGAUUGUAGGGUGUAAUCAGGCUAACCCCGCCAUCAUUUAUUUACUCUUCGCUUCGAUCAUUCUUGUACACUAGGGUUUAGACGGCUGGCCUUUGCCUCUUUUUUCUUUCUUUUUUUUUUUUUUUUCUUUUUCUCUGGCUUGGAGUUGGUGAACUAAGGACGGUAAUGGUUAAGGAUUAAUUACAGUGGGAUUUGGGCGAAAUUUGGGAGCACAAAACACAAAACCAGUGGAUUGUCUGUAUUUGCCUUGUUGCUGGGCCCAUUGGCCCAAGACAGGCAAUUGGCAGACGACACAAGGCGAAUGGCGGCUAUAGUUUUACGGUUACGAGCUUUUUUCUGCUCAGUUUGUUUUUCGGUCGAGUCGUUCUCCUUCUAUAACUAAGCUUUUGAUGCUGUACUACAUGAAGUUCCCGCUACUACAC